GGAAGAGGCCUCUGUAGAUAUUUGGGACUCUCAAAAAGCAUACAAGAAAAGAAAAAGAAAGGAAGAAGUUAGUGAAAGAAAUAGACUCACAGAAGGUAAGGAAGAGAGCUCUCCUGAACAAUCUAAAAAGCUUAAAAAAACAGAGAGGGAGAAACAGUUGGCAACAAAAAAGAAGGCUGGAAAGCUGACAAAGGCUGCUGCAGCAAACAUGGCUUUAGAACAGGCAAAUAAGAGCUCUUCUCUAAAUUCUGGUAAAAAUAACACCAAAAAAAUCACAACACAGUCCAGAAAAAAAAUUGUGGGAUCUUCAGAUUCCUCCAGCACAUCGUCUGACAGUGACAGCAGUAAAUUAAAUGUAAAGCAAAAUAAAUCUUCCCGUAAACCUGUAAUGGCAACGCUUUCCAAAGACAAAUGCCAAACUGCUGCGAAUUCUGAUGUGAAAACUGUUGUUUCUCAUAAAGUGACUUUGAAGUCUAAUGCUGAAAAUUCCACUAAGACUGCAAUUAGUAGAAAUGCUAAAAAAUCCCAGUCCUCUAGUUCAGAUUCUGACUCGAGUACAGAGGAUGAGGAAGUGGCAACAGCACAAGACAGUACUGCAAAGGAAAAGUCAACACCUAACAAUGCGGCAGCUGUAAAAACCAGUACCACCAAGGCUACCAAAGCACAGACCUCCUCUUCAGAGUCUGAUAGUUCAGAUUCAGAAACACUUGUUAUUAAAAAACCUGCAGCAAAUGCUGGACUGAGUAAUUCCGUAGUAAGAAACUGUACUAAACAGUUGCCAAACAGUAUCCAAGGACCACUUGCCACCUCAGGUCGUGGAAGGGGGCGUGGAACAGGAGAGGAUAACUUCUGGAGAGGAUCUAGGGGCCAUGGGUUUCGUGGGAUGAUGAGGGGCCAAGGCCGUGGGAGAGGAGGAAGCCCUGGCUUCUUCUACAACUACAGCAGUGAAGGCCAGAAACAGAGGCAGUUAAAUGAAGCUGCAACAAACGCUUCUGUUCUUGUCCAGAAUCCUGUGGAGGUCCCUAAGAGAGACUAUAGUGUGUUACCUCUUCUAGCUGCUCCACCACAAGUGGGAGAAAGAAUUGCCUUUAAGCGCUUGGAACUAACUGAAAAUUACAGUCCUGAAGUUUCAGACUAUAAGGAGGGAAAAAUAAUCAGUUGGAAUGCUGAUAACAAACAGAUUGAGCUUGAGAUCCUUUCAUCAUCAGCAGGACAAAUUGCUAAAGAGCCAGGAAAAUUUGACCUGGUUUACCAGUCUGCAGAUGGAGCAGAACUGAUAGAGUACGCUGUUCCUCAGGAUACAAAGAUAACGGAAAGUUGGGAUGCACUGAUAGAGCCAAGGCUGAUUGUUGAGCCUCCAGUUAACGGAUCCAGCAUUGGAAAUGGAACGAUGUGAGAUGUGAACAAAUGUAAAUAAUUGUAUGGACUUGUUUUGUGAAAUAUUGCCUUCUAGUUUUGAGGGCAGCAGAUGCACUGGUGGAUAUUUUUAAUAAAUCCUUUCAAAAAGAACCUACGCUAAAA